AUGGAAACACGGAAUAAUGGAUGUCUUGGUAGCAUCCAGUAUCUCAAAAGCUUUUUAGUGGAAUUGAACAUUUUCAGGUCAAAUUCGACCGAUGAAAACGUCGUCCGUAUUGAGAAAUGGUCAACACGUUUUUAUGUUCUUAUUCUUAGUGUUUCCAUUGUAAUCUUAUCUUGGUACAAUGCUUUACAUACAGAGCGACGGCAAGUGGAGAUAAAAAGUCCAUCCAUGAAUACAUAUAUUGAAUUGCAGAAUAAAACCGGUGUAAGUGAUAUAAUGUGUCCAUGUGCUCAGAUUUCAUCUUUAUAUGGUUCAUUCGUUGAAUUAAUUCCAACAUAUCAUGAAAUUUGCUCCAGUAUUUUCAUAUCUCAACAAUGGAUAGAAGUACUCUUCGAUAAUAUAACAUCAAUGCAUUAUAUUUUGGAUUUUCGAGCAACAGCUAGUUUACAAUUUCAAGUCUUACGAGAACUAUGUAGCUUGUCACAAUUAACUAUUAAUAACAUGAUAUCAAACUUUUUUGAUGAAGAAUUCAUUUGUAAUUAUUUACUAAGCGAAGAUAUUUUCAAUGAACAAAUUCAAGCAGUUGUUGAUAACCUUCAAGCGGAAAUAAAAACUGAUUUUCUUUUCUCUUUUUCCUUUGUUCGUUCCCUUAUAUAUGGAAAUCAAAUGUGGUCUGCAAUUCAAACAAAUUUCAUACUUUUAACUUAUACUUUCGAUGGAGUCAAUUGGAGAGUAGGUGUAGGCACAAUUAUCUAUCCACCACAAUCAUCAUAUCCAAAUGGGUGUAUAUGUGAUUCUACAAGUCUCUGUCCUGCACCGACAGGAUAUUAUGACGAUGCACUUCUUGAUACGGACUUUGGUUUUGUAGAGCAGUUAAAUUCAUCAUUUCUUUUUCAAAAUUGGUUCGUCAAUUGUUGGCCAUUAGAAUCUCUGCUCUCUUCUUCUCUUGAGCAAAAUUUUUUAACUAAUCAAAGUGUACUUAACAUUAUUGCGAUGCACUUAGAUAAAACAUCAUCGUUUUUGAAUUUAACAUUAUUGGCAUCUUUAAAUGAAUCGAUGAAUAUCAAUCAGAACAAUACAUUAAGAGAUAUUUCACAAAGUACAAUGUUUCUUAAGAAGUUAUCAACAAACAUUACUUACUCACAAUAUUUUACUCAAUGUCAACCAAAAUCAUGCUUAUAUACACUUGAUAGACGUGUUACCUUUCUUUACAUGUUCACUACUCUCUGUGGACUUUUUGGUGGUUUAUCAGUCGUUCUUCGACUGAUUAUUCCGUAUGUAGUCGCAUUCUUCUUUCAGCGCUCAGAUCAAAGAUCGCUGCACGAUACUUUGGCCACUAGCAGUAAGUUAAACAAAAACAUCAUUGCGCUGAUUUAG